AUGAACCAACGCGAGCAACUCGAAGCAGCAUUCUCACAAACAAUCGAGAAGAUUCUGGAAAGUGCUGGAAAUACGACAGCUGCAUUUCUUCCUGUUCUUGGUGGUCGAUCAAUAGAGCUUACUGUAUCAACAGUGGAAGAAUAUCUGAAAAUGUUGAAAGAGUUGCUUCAUGAAUACGAAAAACCAGAGAGUACAAAUCAUUCCUGUAUGUCUCCACUUCUCAACGAUUCCAUGCUUGUUCACCGUAAUCGAAUGGUGAGAUCCUCCAAAGCUCGUCUCACAUUUCUUCGAACUUCUCAAGAAGGCGUCCGUUGUGAUUUUUCUCCGAUGGAAAUCGAUCGUCCCAAUAUAGGAGCAAUCAUUGAAGAGUCAACGUUGUUGGAUCCUUCCGUUCUUAUGGAUGAAUCAACUCACCAACGUGGAUUUCUGGCUGAUGUCAGCGACAUGAAUGGGACCGUCCGUUCUCGUAAUCCCAGUUUCAACUUCAACUACAUCUCACCUGUUUCGACGGAAAGAUCUCGUCGAUCAGCAGUUUCAUUGAAACCACUCAAUAAUACAAUUGAUUUUGAUGCUGACGUUUCUUCGAUUCUGGAAGUUUCUCAUGUCGCUUCUCGUACAAGAUCUCGUGCUGUUGCUGGAGAAGAUGAGCAGUCGAUUCUUGUGAUGAAUGGCGAUGAGAUGCGAACACCGAGAGCCCAUAACACUACUGUCGACUUGACUGAUUCCGAUGUUACACCAACCAGCUUGAAGUUGUGGAAUGUGAAACUUCGUCCAGGGAGUAACCGAAAAAUCGACAACGAGAUUCGAAAGGAGAUUCAGAGACAAUUGGCUCGUGAGAAUCCGUCGGAGCUCUGA